CUACAAUCGCUGCUUCCUGGUUACGAGGGCGAACAGGAGAGGAAAGCACUCAGGUCUUAUUUGACUAACCAUUUCGAACAGAUUUAUUUGAAAUCUGCGGCGUAGACUUUUAAAUAAAUCUUCAGACAUAAUCAAGCGUUGAUGACACGACGGCACUCAUGAUAACAUAAAAGGCCGACGCUGCGCUUGGUGAAAGAUGGCACAUUGAACGCGCCACGUCACUGGACGGAACCCCGGAACUUAGAAGAACCCCGCCGUGGCACUCCAAGUGGCAAAAUAGUGACAUUUUGUCGUUUCCCUCGCUUUUGUUUGCUGAUACAUAUUUGUCGGGUGAUAUUCACCUACCUGAGUCAACUGUUCCAAAAUGACGGCGUCCAACUGGGGUCUCAUCAUGAACGUGGUCAACAGCAUCGUUGGCGUGAGCGUGCUUACCAUGCCAUUCUGCUUUAAACAGUGUGGAAUCGUGCUGGGAACGCUCCUGUUGUUCCUUUGCUCCUGGAUGACCCACAAGUCAUGCAUGUUCUUGGUUCACACAGCGAGCAAUACAAAGCGAAGGACCUAUGCUGGAUUAGCUUUCCACGCUUAUGGAAAACCAGGAAAAACACUAGUGGAGACUAGCAUGAUAGGCUUGAUGUUGGGGACCUGCAUUGCCUUCUAUGUGGUCAUUGCAGAUUUGGGCUCCAAUUUCUUUGCUCAGCUGUUGGGUUUACAGGUGACGGGCAGUUUUCGUGUGGUCCUGCUGAUUGCUGUUUCACUCUUUAUCGUUCUUCCUCUGAGUUUGCAGAGGAACAUGAUGUCAUCCAUUCAGUCCUUCUCAGCGAUGGCACUCAUGUUUUACACAUUCUUUAUGUUCACGAUGGUGCUGUCUUCAUUCAAACACGGGCUGCUCAGUGGCUGGUGGCUAGGGCAGGUCAAUGUGGUGCGCUGGGAGGGGGUGUUUCGCUGUCUCCCCAUCUGUGGGAUGGCCUUCGCCUGUCAGUCUCAGGUGCUGCCGACUUACGAUAGCCUGGACGAGCCGUCCGUCAAACGCAUGAGCACCAUCUUCACCUCAGCCCUCAACGUAGUCACAGUCUUCUACAUCACUGUGGGUUUCUUUGGCUACGUCAGCUUCACAGAGAACAUUGCGGGCAAUGUGUUGAUGAACUUCCCUUCCAACUUGGUGACAGAGGUCAUCCGGGUGGGCUUCAUGAUGUCCGUAGCCGUCGGCUUCCCGAUGAUGAUCUUACCGUGUCGCCAGGCUAUCAACACCAUGCUCUUUGAGCAGCAGCAAAAAGAUGGGACAUUUGCUGCCGGUGGAUAUAUGCCGCCUCUACGCUUCAAGAUGAUCACCCUCAGCAUUGUGUUUGGCACCAUGCUGGGAGGCAUUCUCAUACCAAACGUGGAAACCAUUCUGGGGCUAACUGGGGCCACCAUGGGUAGCCUUAUUUGCUUCAUAUGCCCCGCCCUCAUCUACAGGAAGAUCCAAAAGAAUGGCAUAAUCGCUAAGUUGGUGCUUUGCGUGGGUCUUGGCAUCCUUCUUAUCAGCACCUUCACCACUCUAUCCAUCUCAACUCAGGACCCCGUCACCAAAGUUCAAGCUCCACCCCCUCCAGCACCUGACAAGAACAGCAUACCACUACAAGACAUCAUUGAACUGCAUGAGAAUCUUCCAAACAUGAAACCACUAGACAUGGGACAACCAAACCUUCAGGCAGCGAAUGAGCCACAACCUAACAAAAGGCAGCCGGUCGAACCUCCACAGAUUAAAGUACCAGAAGGACUACCUGACGACAAGAAGGAGGAAGAAGUUCAGUUGGACCGUCCUGAUGCUGGUGUCGCUGUGCCAGAGGCAGAAGCCCACCGCCAUGAGCCACCUAUCCCACAUGAUGAGGUCCAGAUAGAUACCAGAAAGAACAUUGCAGAGUUAGAGGAAGAGAAGCAAAAAGUGGAGAAAGAGCAGAAAAGAAGCGAAGAGCAAGGUGGAGAUCAGCCUGUUGCUAAAGGAGAGGAGAGUGCGGAAAAUGUACUCAAGCCAGCCGCAGUGGUUGUGAAGAAAGACGAAGUGGACCUGGGUGGUGGUGAAGUGCGGUCCAACGAAGUGCUUGAGAAGGUGGUCGAAGAAGCAGUGAAGAAUCAAGACGUUGUCCCCAUGAAAAAUGUUGAGAAGCAAGAUGUUGUGAAAGACCCAGUGGCCGCUCACGCCAAUGAAGAUUCGGUGGAGCAAGUACAGAAAGUGGACAAAUCUGCCGAGGCUGCUGGGAAACCGCCACCUGCCGCUGAAGAAGCCCCAGUCGCUGACAGCAAAGAUGCUGGAGAUGAGAAGAUGGACGUGAUAAAAAAGCUGGUUGCAGAAGGCCAGCUGGACCACGCAGUACUGCUGCAGGUCAUCAAAGAGCAGCAAGAGCAACAGAAAAGACUUCUUGACCAGCAGGAGAAGCUUUUGGCAGUCAUAGAAGAGCAGCAUAAGGAAAUCCACCAAAAGCAGCCAGGUGACCUCCAGGAGCAUGCGGAGGAGGUAGACGGAGGAGCUGCGAAACCCCGAGACGCAGGCCUGGGCUCAGAUGUGCAGCAACCCGAAGAAGCAGCAGGAGUCGAGCCUGCGGAUGUUAAGAAUCCAGUUCAAGUUGCAGACAAAGGAGCCGAGGUAGUAAAGUUAGUUCUUCCAGCACCUUACAAAGAAAACAACCCCGCAGAGUCCCAUCAGCAGAGUGAACUCGGAGCCAGAGGAGUGCCGUUAAUAAGGAAUAUACCUGAGGUCCAUCUGCCGGUAGCUCAAAAUGAGCCUGUGGCGAAAGUGCAAAAUGAGGAGCACAAAAUAGAUGAUGAAAAAGACAAAAUGGAGAAUAAGGCCCAGGCCAAACUGGAACAGCUUGAGAAGAAGGAGGAAGAGGUAGAGUUGGAGAAACAAAGAGCAGAAAGAGAAAGAUUAGAAAAAGAACAGCAGGAGAAGGAGGAAAAGGAAAAGCUGGCUGAGGAGCAGGAGAAGGAGGAAAAGGAAAAGCUAGCUAAGGAGCGGGAGAACGAGGAAAAGGAAAAGCUGGCUAAGGAGCGGGAGAACGAGGAAAAGGAAAAGCUGGCUAAGGAGCGGGAGAACGAGGAAAAGGAAAAGCUGGCUAAGGAGCGGGAAAAGGAGGAAAAGGAAAAGCUGGCUAAGGAGCAGGAACGAGCUCAGAGAGAGAAAAUAGAGAAAGAAGUGCAGGCCCGGGUAGAAAAGGAACGACUUGAGAGGGAGAAGCGAGAGAAACUGGAGAAAGAGAAGGCACAAAAGGAGAAAUUAGCCCAGGAGAAGGCUGCCGAGGAGAGACGCCAACAGAUUGAAAAAGUAGACAGCGCUUUGGUGGACAGGAAAGAAAAAGAGGCUCAGCUUGAGAAAGCUGUUGAAGCCCAAAAGGGCGGCAACGCCGCGCAAGGGGAUCUGGGAGAAGAGGGCGAAGCUUUGAAGAAAGGAGGACGAGACCUCAAACAGAAAGUUGCCGCUCAGGCAGACCCAGGAGAAGACGGCAAAGACGGGCCCGUCAAAGCCCAGGCUGGCCCUGGAGGCUCCCGCGAGAAUGCCAGGGACGAGGGAGAGCUGGAUCUAAGGCGGAGGCGAAGGGCUCUGGGACGCGGCCGAGACGCGGAAGCUCCAGAAAGGCCAGAUGUGCCCAGGGGCGUGCACGGGCUGGAGCCCCUCCUGGAGCUGGGGGGGCCCGACCUGCACGUAGCCCUGGAGGAGAAGCUGCUAGCGGGGGCAAUGGUGCACUCACGGCAGAUUAAGCAGACCUCAGAGGAUCAAGAGAUCAAAUAGCACACAUCACUAACACAUUCACUUCACUUCUACCUGUGCAGCCUCCAAAUACAGCGAGACCAUGAAGUUGUUGCCUUAGAUUCACUUGCCUUCAGAAUUGUUACAAAGAAAUACAGUGGUCCCUUAUGAUAUGAGGUAAAUUUAUUCUGUGACCAUAACAUAAUACAAUGUAAACAGUUAGUGCAUCAUAGCUAUUUAUUGCAACUCAUUCUAAUGUGCUUGACUUCACCCCUUCUAGCAGUACAAUACAAUCAAGAAGACAAAAGUGGCACUUUCAGUUUAUUUUUUUGCAAAAGAAAAAAAAAAAUCCAUGAGCAUUAUUUAUAUUUUAUGUUUACUGGUUGUGUUCAUAUACAGUAAUGUUUGCUUGAAGUGUUUGACAUUUUGCAUAAUGGCAUUAAGCGGAAUGGAAAACGAUGUCUAAUUCUCAUUUGUGCUAGUUUGGAAAGACCGUAAACCAGCUGACAUUUGAAGCUUCUUUUUUAAAAGUGAGAUGAAUUCACUUCUGAUGUUUUCCCACAAGUCAAAGCAAAUAAGUGUAAUUGGAAAAAAAAAAAAAAAAAAAACACAUGUUCAGUGCUGUCUAAAAGUAUUUGCGCCCCUGCAAUUCUGUCAGAUAAUGCUCAAUUUCUCCCAGAAAAUGAUUGCAAUUACAAAUGUUUUGGUAGUAAUAUCUUCAUUUAUUUUACUUGCAAUGAAAAAACCCAAAAGAAAAAAAAAAUCAUUAAUCAUUUUACACAAAACUCCAAAAAUGAAUAUUUUACCAAGCCAAAUACUUGGUAGCCCAACCCUUACACAAAAUAACUGCGAACAACCGCUUCUGGUAUCCAUCAAUAAGUUUUUUACAAUGCUCUGCUGGAAUUCUAGACCAUGCUUCUUUGGCCAACGGCUCCAGGUCUCUGAGAUUUGAAGGGUGCCUUCUCCAAACUGCCAUUUUCAGAUCUCUCCACACAUGUUCUAUGGGAUUCAUGUCUGGACUCAUUGCUGACCACUACGGAAGUCUCCAGUGCUUUCUCUCAAACCAUUUUGUAGUACUUUUUGAAGUGUGUUUUGGGUCAUUGUCCUGCUGGAAGACCCGUGACCUCUGAGGGAGACCCAUCUUUCUCACACUGGGCCCUACAUUAUACUGCAAUUUUUUUUGUUAGUCUUCAUGCACACCAUCAAGCAGUCCAGUGCCAGAGGUAGCAAAGUACCCUCAAAACAUCAGGGAACCUCCGCCAUGUUUGACUGUGGGGACCGUGUUCUUUUCUUUGAAGGCCUCGUUUUUUCCCUGUAAACUCCAUGUGGAUGCCUUUUCCCAAGAAGCUCUACUUUUCUCUCAUCUGACCAGAGAACAUUCUUCCAAAACGUUUUUGUCUUUCUCAGGUAAGUUUUCACAAACUCCAGCCUGGGUUUUUCAUGUCUCUGGGUCAGAAGUGAGGCCUUCCUGGGUAUCCUGCAAUAGAGUCCCUUUUCAUUCAGACGCCUACGGAUAGUAUGGGUUGACACUGUUUUACCCUCGGACUACAGGACAGCUUGAACUUGUGUGGAUGUUAGUCGAGGUUCUCUAUGCACCAUCAGCACAAUCUUUUGUUGAAAUCUCUCGUCAAUUUUUCUUUUUCGUCCACAUCUAGGGAGGUUGGUCACAGUGCCAUGGGCUUUACACUUAUUGAUGACACUGCGCACGGUAGACAAAGGAACAUUCAGGUCUUUGGAGAUGGACUUGUAGCCUUGAGAUUGCCCCUGCUUCCUCACAAUUUUGCUUCUCAAAUCUUCACAGUUCUUUAGUCUUCCUUUCCCAUGCUCAAUGUCGUACACACAAGGACGCAGGACAGAGGUUGAGUCAAAUUUAAUCCAUUUUAACUGGCUGCAGGUGUUAUUUAGCUAUUGCCACCACCUGUUACGUGCCUCAGGUAAGUAACAGGUGCUGUUAAUUACACAAAUUACAGAAGCAUCACAUGAUUUUUCAAAGGGUGCCAAUACUUUUGUCUGGCCCAGUUUUGUGUAAAGUGAUGAUUGAAUUUUUUUCCCAUUCUCUUUUGUGUUUUUUCAUUGUAAGAAAAAUAAAUGAAAAUAUUACUAUCAAAGCAUUUGUAACUGCAAUCACUUUCUGGGAAAAAUUGAGCAUUAUCUGACAGAAUUGCAGGGGUGCAAAUACUUUUGGCCAGCACUGUACAUCCUGUCAUUCGUAUCUCAAGGUACCACUGUAAAAAGCUCACCAAAGGAUAAGUGUACUGAGCGUAUGGAUUCACGAUGGACCUAAAAUGUUUUUUCCUUCACACCAACCAAUGUUAAAAUAUGAGGGCUGUUGGGGCUUAAACGUCUCUUGCAAAUUUAGCCGUUCAGCUUCUUGCUUGAUUGCUGCAAUUUGUGCAAAAAAUGCACAUUCAACGGUUUAGAAACGUUUAGGUUCAUCCUGAAAAUACAUCCAACAGUUCAAUCUUGCUAACUUUUUGAGUUGCAUGUAUUGCUUCGCAGCAAAGAAUUGUACAUACUAAAUUAUUUUUUUGUUCUACUGGGAAGAAUUUGAGUAAAUGCAUUGUUCAAAUGUACAUAAAUCUUUGCAAAUAACUAUUUAGGAUGGACUAUAUCCGAAUGUCAUUUCCCCCCCCCCCCCAAGCCAAAUUUAGCUUUGAGCAGUCGUUUCAGAAUUUUUCUCUAAAGUGGAAGUGUAAAUAUUGUAAUACUUGAUCAGAUGACAUGUUUCUAUACUUUUAAUUUUUGAGACUGUUGAAAAUAAUGCUGGAGCUGCCUUUUAAUUUUUUUUUUUUUUUUUUUUUUUUUUUUAAUUCUGUUUAAUGAAGAUACUUUACCUGUGACUGAAGAUAGUCGUCCUCUUUUCUCCUUUUAUUUCUGUGCCUUGUCAACCAUGUCCAGCAGUGUUAUUGUAAGGGGUAUUUUGACAAUAGAUGUACAGUAAUAUAUUGAAAAAGCAACAGUAUUGUACCAAAAAUCUUGUGCAAAUUACUUUGUCAGCACUGCAGCACAUUUGUCAAUUUUGUAUAGAGGUAUUUUUGGACUAUUUUUACAUUUACUGUGAUUGUGUGUCUGAUAAUAAAGGUUAAAAGGCUCGAUCACAACAGUGGAAGUCCGUUUAGUUGGUGUAUUCAUUUUCUGUAGGACUUGAGAUUUGAACCCAAAUUUAAAAAACUGGGACACGUGCACGUUUCUAAAGCACUUUAAUACCAUGGAAAUAAUGUAUAAAUAUUUACAUUUGUCAUAAAUAGCACACAACACUUUUCGAGUGUGUCAUAAAACUCAUUCAAUAGCUUCCCAGUCAAAGUUGUGAAUUCUCAGAAUUGUUCAUGACGUUUUCCUCUCAGUCGACUUCACAAGUUGCAUCCUUAGAGCCAUAUUUGUAUGUUCCAUUCAUUUUGAGGUUUUCUUGGCCUGUCACAAAAGAGACGUAUCUUAAGGAUGGCCAGCUAUGCAAGUAAAUGUAUCUACGGAACAAUUGUUACUUACAGCAUUUGCAAAGCAUGUCUUCAGGGCUGCAAAUUCUUUAGCACAGUGAUCCUUCUUCAAUUCCUGUCUGUUAGUUGUGGUAGCUACCACACAUUUACCAUAAAUGGUUGCCUAAAUUAUAAAAACACAGAAAAAUAGUUAAAUAGUAAUGUCACCUAGUUUAGAAUGAAAUAAGAAUAAAAACGAUUGUUCACGGAAAUGUUACCUCUUCGGCACAUUGUGCAAAAUAUUCUGGAAAACGUCUUAAUUUCUCCCGACUGCGAUGCCACACGUUUGACCCAGACAUGGCGUUAUUAAGUAAACAGCAAUAUUAUCUAAAUUAGAAAAUAUUAUGAGCUCAAGGGUUCCAUAAAGCUAGUUAACACCUUCGUUUUUAAUGCGUCAAGCGUUGCUUUCAAAGUUGGAUAAA